GCGAUGUUGAGUCUGGCGUGAACUCCGCGAAUAUUUUGUGCCAAAAUCUGAUAAAAACGGUUCAGCAGACACGAUGCAAUACCCGAAACGAAUUUGAAUCUUAUUCAUCCAAAAAUACAUCAUCAUGGAGAGGGGAGAUAAUCAGUCGAAGCUGAUAACAGCAGUAGAGAACUUGGAAAGAAGAAAGGAAUACACGACUAGAUACCAGGAUUAUGAUUAUAGUGAAGACGAUUCGGAAGCCUUUUAUUCCGAUGAGGACGGAUCGAGCACAGAUGAUCAAGAUGUCCCACCAAAAAAUUAUACAGGAGGAAAGUGGAAACCAACAUCUCCCGUAGGAUGGUCUAAAAAAUCCGAAGUCAGAGACUGGCGAGUACCUCCUUCAUCUCACACCGGAGGAAAAUGGAAACCCACUUCGAAACGGCCUAAUUCACCAUCCACAAGCGAUACGAAAGAAAAAGUAAAACCGUUUCAAUCUCCAAAAGACGACAUAUUAUCAUCAUCUCCGCCUGAAACCAAGAAGCAAGAUUUUGCAGAUGUUCCACCACCAAGUUUUACGGGAAGUAAAUGGGUUUCAUCAAAGCGACAAGAUUACCAUGGUAUAUCUUCGCCUUCAACAUCAAAAUUAAAGAUCAAAACCAGAUCGGAAUACGAUUAUACUUUACCUCCCUCUACCGGUAAAGGAAAGUCCAAGAGCUCCAGUGGUAUCGUCUCACCUCCAAGUGACAUUAGAGAGGAACAUAAUUUCAAAUCUGGUAUCCAGGAAGCGUCUACUUUCAGAUCGAAGUUGAAAGAGAAACGAAUACUGUAUCCUUCUUCGUCUGAGGAAAAACAAAGUAUUUCAAAAAUCCCAAAGAAAAGCGAUUCUGGCAAGAAACCAAUCGAUCCCAGUACCCCAGAAGAAACUCACACUAAAGGAAAAUUCAUACCAAGAACGCAAAAUAAAGACAAUCCGAGUAUCAUCGACACUUCGCCUCUGAGAAAAUCUAGUGGAGCCAUACAGUACUGGUGCAGUCCGUGCAACAGAAGAUUGGCCUCAAAAGUGGUGUACAAAAGGCAUCUUAAAUCCGAACUUCAUCUAAAGAGAACGUCCUUCGAUAAAGAAUUUGACGAAAGUGAUGAAAUAUCUUCGAAAAAGAGACCAAAGACCGAACUGAAACUGAACAUACCUGACUUUGGUCCUGAAGAUAAAAUAUUCCAGCAAACCAAGAAAAGAAAAGACCGGAAAAAGAUAUAUGUGAGAUGCGCGGUUUGCCAUACCAAAGUACAUGCAUACUUCAUGGGAAAGCAUCUGAUUUCCCAUUAUCACUGCCGGAGAGGGGAUAUAACAUCGGAGGAAGCGAAGAAAAUGGUUCUGGAGAAUAUCCACAGUGUAGUACUAGAAAGUCCGUUCCAAUGUAGCAUUUGUAAGUUCUACUGCAACACCCAGGGAGACUUUUUGAGACACUGGUUGUCCGGUGAUCACGCUAGAAAAAUUGUUCCUGGCUAUUUUUACUGCAUAAUGUGCAAGCACCGAAGUGAAAGUACUCAAACGAUGUACGACCAUUUGAUUUCUCCCCAACACACAGAGGUAGUGUCUGUGAUCAACAGAUCUGUGCCGAUUGUUCUAAAGAAUAUUCACCCUAUUAGCUGUCUCACCUGUGGUAAGGAGUUCAUGUUGAACAUGCAACUCCUCAAUCAUUGCAGAAAAUUCAACCACGAUGACUCAGUUGUGAAAAAAUUCGUAAACGAGUUCUUAUGCGAUAUCUGUGGUAUCGGGUUUUUGUCCAGUGUGUCUUUAAAGCGUCACAAACAAAUUGUGCACAAGAUCAAGUACUACAUAUGCACUCCCUGUAAUCUUAAAUUCAGUGAUAAAGAGGAAGCAAAGAAACACAGGACAUCUGCUCAGCACAAGUAUUGCAGUUUAGGCCAAAAAUCAGAAGGAAGUCGUGCCAAAACAUGUGAAUAUUGCAAGGAAACAUUCACCAAUUUUUUGUUACUGAAGCAACAUUUGCAGAAAACUCACCCUGAACAUAAAAUUAGAUGUCCCCACUGCGGAGCAAACUUCAUCAUAUCCCAAGAACUCACAACUCACCUCCGUCUGAAAUCUUGCAAAUUCGAAGAAAGAGAAGAAAACGAACCCCACUCUCUACGGUGUGACAAAUGUAUGUUCUCCUCGAACUCCGCAGCUGAACUCCUCUUCCACAUGGCCCUUCACGAUCAACCAUCACUGACAUAUUCGUAUUCUUCAGACACCGGAACAGACACAAGAAGUAAACCGACACCGAAGUACAAAUGUCCAGUUUGCGAAAAGUUAUUUCCAAAGGCCUCUCUCCAAGGUCACAUCAGACAACAUACUCAAGAAAAACCAUACGUGUGCAACGUUUGCACCAAGUCGUUUGCCAGGAAGAGCAAUCUUCAGUUUCACAUCAAGAAUCAUGCAAGAAAUAUCAAAGUGAAGCCUGUCACUGGACCCAGUGCGUUUUUGUGUUCCGUUUGUGGAGCUAACUUCAAGAAAAAGUUCAUUCUCCAACAACACAUGCAAAUUCACACAGGAAAACUGUGCAGAUGUCCGAUGGUGGGAUGUAUUUAUACGGCUAGGAAGAUGAGUGAAAUUAAUGAACACCUCAGAACUCAUUCCGAUGUCAGAUCGUUCUGUUGCGAAUUAUGUGACUACAAGGGAAAAUCAAAACAGCAGUUGAAUAGACAUAUGACCGUCCACAGCGAUACGAAGAAAUAUCAUUGUCCUCAAUGUUCUUUUUCCGCCAGAGAUUACAUACAUUUGAGAAGACAUGCUCGAAUACACACUGGGGCAAAACCGUUCAGCUGUCCUCAUUGCCACUACAAAUGCAAUAAUUUGGAGAAUUUGAGGAAACACGUCUUGUCAACGAACAAACAUCCGGGAAAAAGCAUUUACGAAUGCAAGUUUUGCAACGGAGAAGAAGGCCAAUUCCAGACCAACUUCGCCAAAGAAUUUAAGGUCCAUUUGAUAACGAACCAUUCGGAAACAUUCGGCGACGGUGCGGAGGCGGCGACUUAUGUGGCGGGCAUUUACGACGUCCAAGAUGACAGCACCCAUCUGAACGACUCUCUCGUUCAACUACAGGAUGUAGCUGGGCAUAGGCAAGUGGAACCCAACGAAACCAUCAACAAACUAACGGUAGAUGGCGAUCCAAUAGUUUGUCAGAUAUCAAGCAUUCCAUCCACGUCUUCUACUGAUCAGCAUCUUGACCAAAUGUUGCCCAAAUUCAUCAUUCCUAAAGAUGAUUCUGGUACUGUAGCCGUGGAUAACUUACCAGAUUCUUGGAAUCUCGUAGGCAGAUACGAUGUUGAAGAAGAAUCUGGAACCUUGAUUCCCUUUGAAAGUGACAGCGAAAGCUUAUUUCAAGAGCAUUUCUGAAUCAAUCUAGGUGAUUUUUUUAUUGUUUGACUGAUAUCAAAUAAAGGUUCUAACUUGAGAAA